UGUCUCCUAUCCUUCUCUGAAGUUCUCAUACUGCGUGUUGCAGAUAUCUAUAGGCACGCGAUACAGUCGCCGAGAGGCCCGUUGCAAGGAUGCAUGGCUAUGUUCGCUCAGUCUCCGACCAAUCUGCCAGCCGCCAGACGGUGGCAAUCACUUUGUAAGUCAACGUACUCACCCAGAGGCGAGUUUCUCAGUAGGCUGCGGCGUUGCUGCCUUCCUAUCGCAAGUUCGCAGAUGCCGUGGAGAUGCCCUACAGUGGUGCUACACCGGCCGCACUUCUCACGUUGUCGCCUUACUUCGCGGGAAUGCAUGUCGUUCGCCGUCCAGGCCUCGAAUUUGAAGAUCCUCUCCGCACAACGGGCGACGGUUACGUGGACUGGCGCGUGUCGUAAGCUCCGCCAUUCUAUAGAGGUUGCAAGAUCCUCGUACUCAUCGGGCACAUCGAUUAAGCUCAGGGCAGGACCUUCUCAUCCAACGGACCAGGCACAGAGGACCGAAAAGGCCAAGGUAAUCAACGGGGUACAUCGCGCCAGCCUGUUCAUGUCCAGGGUUUCCGCGAAUGAAUGUACUUAUGUUAUGCAGCACGCAAGUAUCAUUGCAGGCACGUACUCCAUCUGUAGGCUGAUGAUACUGGAUGUAUUGUCAAUGGGUGUUUUAUUUAGUGAGCGCGGUCGCCGAGUGUCACCGUCAAGACACCGAUCGGCGCGCACUCCUCCAUACAUCGUAGACCCGUCGUCAAAAGCAUACAGUAGUGCCUUUGGAGUACAGCAUGAUGGACAAGAUUGCGUCUACCGUCAAAGGUGCUUAUUUGACACAUACGUUGCGCUCACUAGUAUACGUAUAUCGUACUCACCAUACAGCGUGAGAUGAACGCAAGUCCUACCAUGGUUGACUUUGGUCCUCGGAUCGGUCCACAAUAGAAUUGAAGAACAUCCCUACAUCCGAGAAGUAUCUGUUGUGCGCGGCUACGUCCCGCGUUGGAAGCACAAAGUUUGACAUAACAAAUGGGACUGGUGGACUUUCUGGGUAUCAACCCAGGAACCGGAUGUGGUGCUGGCACUGUCAUGGCGCGAUGAACACACGGUUAAAUUUUAAGAGAGUUU